CGAUUGAGGCAAAAUCAAACAUUUUCAUAGAACCAGGCAGGAAUUGCACCAACAUGGCCGACAAAAGUCAGGAAAACGCUGAAAAACCAAUUGUUGUGGCAAAAAAUGCAGCUGAACUGCAGAAAAUAAGGCUGGAGAAGCUUAUGAGCAAUCCAAGUAAGCCAGUUCAUAUCCCAGAGAAAUCAAAGGACUACAAGCCCAGAGAUCCACUGGAGUUCAUCAGAAAUAUAUGGGGUUCCAGUGCAGGUGCUGGUAGUGGUGAUUUCCAUGUAUACAGAGGUGUACGAAGGAGGGAGUAUGCCAGACAGAAGUUCAGAAAGGAGAAGGAAGAAAAGGAAGAAGCAGAUGAAGCAUAUCUUCAGAAGGUUGAGAACAACCAGAAAGCUGCAGAGGAAAGGACAGCUAAAAAGAGGGCCAAAAGGUUGAAAAAGAAACAAAAGCAGAAGAGCAAGAAACCAAAAAAGGAAGUAAAAGAGCCAUCUGAUGAUGAUGAUGAUGAUGAAGAAGAAGAUUCUGACAAUGACAACAGUGAAAGGAGAGAUAAUCCUGCAGGUGAUGAUAACAAUAGCAAAUCUCAAGAAAUUAAGACAGAAAUAAUAGAGGAAAGUGUUGGAAAUACCUCAGGAAACAUAGAAAGUGAGGUUGAGGAGGAAAGUAUUGGAAAUACAUCUGGCAAUGUAGAAAAUGAGACUGAGGUCAAGAGUGAUGAUAGUAGUUCGUCUGAAAGUGAAAGAAAAUCUGACACAGAGAAAGGCGGGUCAGAACAGAGUGAUUCAUGUCAGGAUAGAUGACCAUUGUAAAAUAUCUACUGUAUGGGAAUUUGUAAAUAAAGUGCAGUUGUACUAGAGUAAACACUGAUUGGAUGAUAAAAAAUGUUUAUUGUGCAGAGGUUGUUGCUCUAGAGAGGUUGAUUGACGAUUUACUUUGUCUCUUUGGGAAAAAAGAAGUAGGUGUUUGAACUUUAGAGGUGUCAUUAAAAGAAGUUAUACUGUAGUUUGGGGAAUGGUCACGACUCUUUAAUCUUGCAAUUUGACAGACAACAGAUUUGUUUCAUAAUUAAUAAUUCAUGCUUUGUAUAUACAUGUACUUAUAGUAAUAAAUAUUAUGGUUAAUGCUG